AUGUCAUUCGAGGGUCUGCAGGAACGCCUGACGGCCCUGCAAGAGACCACGGGGCAGCUCAAGGAGCUCAUCGACAGGCUCCAGAAUCUCAAGUUCCAGCCUGGCUCGGUGCCGCUCGGCGCGGACGAGGACAGCGAUGUCAGCGCAGAGCUGAGCUCCGAGAUCAGUCAGAUCUUGAGGGAAGAAGAGGAGGAGCUUGAGCUUUUGAGCGAAGAGGUCGAGGACCUUAGGGAUGGGCGACCGGGAAGCGAGGCGGAACACACCAAGACUCGGCUUAAAGAUGGCCUCGACCGCUUAAGGCAGGAGCUGAAGACUUCUCGAGUCACUUUCCGCAAGGCACAGCUCAUAGCGAAGCGCAACCUCACACAGGCGCAACGCCUCGAGCGCGAGCUCCUCCUGCAGUCCUAUUCACAACCCGUGUCCGAAGCGUCCUCCCCGUCCCUCGGCGCGCAAAAGGCACCGCUGCCCGACAUCGUUCGGCACCGGCAGGUGCGCCAGACCAAAGACGACUGGAACACGAGCUCCCUGACGGAGGACGACAAGCAGACGGUAGGGGCGAGCAACGAUGUCACGAAUGCGCUGCGGCAGACGCACGAACGAAUCGCUGCGGAGCUGGCGAGGAGCGAGUUUGCGCACCAAGCGUUGGAGGAGUCGUCGCAGGCCUUGAAGCAGCUCAACGAGUCGUACGGCUCUCUCGACACGAUGCUGGCGAGCUCGAAGGAUCUUCUGGGCACAUUGUUGCGGUCGCAAAAGAGUGAUACAUGGUACCUGCAGACGGCUCUCUACAUGCUGAUGGCUACAGGGGCGUGGCUGUUGUUCAGGAGGUUGCUCAUCGGCAGCAGCAGGGCGGUUGUCAAGUACGCCAAUUCCGGGGGCGCAUCAGAGUCCGUGGUUGUUGGGGGCGAAGGAAAGAUUGACGUCGAGGGUCUCCCUGACGAGUCUUUGCCCACAUUGGACGUGCGUGAGCCUCAACGAUCGGCGGCGGUUGGUGGGGAUCCCGAAUCACUGCUUGAGAAGGUGGGUAAGAUUGUGGAGGAGAUGCCUGCGGAGAUCGGCGAAGAGGCGACGAUAGAAGUUGACGAUGGUGUUGUUAACGAGAAGCCUGAUGCUGAGGUCGUGGUUGACCCGGUGCCCGACAAUGAUCUAAAGCAAGGGGCGCAAGAGGAGGUUAGACAGAGAGAUGAGCUGUAA